UGCAGCGUUGGAUCUUUACCCAGUCAUUUGAAGUAAGAAUUAUAGGCCAUAUAUAGCUACCACAUCGACAAUCAGAUACAGUGGUUGUAGUGAUAUUUGCGAUUGUCUGGCUGUUCAUCACUUACGAUCAAGUGCUUCAGUACACGGUAAGCACUUUGGAUAGCCCCACGUAUACAUAAUUACGAUGGCGCAGUCCGCGGAAGCGCCCGCACAUAGGUGCUUAAUGAAGGAUGAGACAUAUGAAUCCUUCGUUUUAUGGAGGCAGUCCCUGCUCCAUUUUCUUCAGACCUAUUCUGAAUUUACACCUUUCCUUGUUCGUGAUUGUUCAUGGCAUAGGAAGUCAAAGUUGAAGCCUUUUCGAGGUUUUCAUGAUGAUAGUGUUGACUUACCAAAUCGGAAAUCUGCUGCGCAAAAAGCAAUAUUGUUAGAAUGUAUGCUUGGCCAGAUCUCGAUUUAUUGCCCUGUCAUUUCGCGAGGCCAAAUCAUCAAUUCUUCGACAUCUCUUGCUCAAAUUUGGUCUAUGAUAUGCAUUCAUUUUGGUUUCAGUGACGAUUGUAACGUCAGUGAUGAUGGGAUUGACAAUGAUUGUGAAUAUGAGACAGAUGCAGAUAUGUCUGUUAAUAAAGAAAAUGAAUGUGACCCAGAUGUAUGUGAGCUUGGUACAGGUGAAUCAGAAAAUGAGUUUAUAAUGUACAAUGAGAAUGUGCAGUAUGACUAUGAGACAGGCGUGUGCGAGCGCAGAGUUAGUCAACUUGCUGAAGAGAGUUGCGCAGGCCUUUGUGAUUUUCUGAUUGAAUCUGAUCAAGUUGAUGAAGACCUUCUUGGAAACUGCAAUGUGACAUUUGUCAGUGUGUCCAGUAAUGGCAUAGCACAUAUUCCAGGCAUUGAUGUUGUUGGUUGCUCAUCGAAGUCAGAUGAGAUAUUUGACAUUCCAGACUAUCUCCAUGGUUGUGGAUUCCCGGCUGGACCAAUGAGUGUCACCCAUUCUGAGCCUAGAUUGACGAGUGCUGACUCGUCAGCGAAUGAUAUUGUUAAUCGUGUUGACCUUCUCACCAAUCCGGGUUGUGGCUCAUCAGAGAUAGAUGAGGAUGAAAAUGACUGCAACGAUGAGUUGCACAGUGAAUCUUGUAGUAAGGACGACUUGCAGUCCCAUCGUGCCUGUCGCGUCGGCAUCGAAUGCGCACAUGUAUCCACAGACGUCAGUCUCACAUCUAGCAUUGACGGUCGUCUCGAUGUUCAUGCAGUCAUUGCCACGGUACAUAGGCCCAUAUGUUCUCAUCAAGAUGGAUCAGUUCCUCAGUCACAUCCGUUGCAGGAUGUUGUUCCAGAUUCUAUCGUACCUGGGUUUCAUCCAAUCCCGAGUGAUGAACUGCUAGUUCCAGUGACUUCAUCAGUUGGCCCACCCAGAACCUUGGACUCAGUUCACACGGUAAAGACACUCAGACUACUGCCAACAGAUGAAAUGAAACAUCCUGCUGAUGACAUGCCCUUGGAUAUGGCCAGUAGUCCUUCCCCAGUGACUCUCAUUCAUGUCCCCAGAGAGGGAGCUUUAGCUCCUCCCAGUCGCCCUCCUGAUGGCCGUGCAACACCGACCAGUGCUGACUUAUCCUACGCCCUCUGCGAUGAUGGGAUUGAUCACUCCCGGCUUCAGCUUUCGAGGACACAUCCUGUCAGCAGGAGCUGUGAAGCUUCAGUCCUUGCACCAGUCCGAGACUUUCAGUCAACUCUGGAUGACACCCCUGUCAGUUGCUCUGAUGUCCAUGCGCCCCAUGGUCGCCCACCUGAUGAGUGCUACAGCGGUCUGGAGAUCGCAGUCAUCUCUUGCAUCACAUUGACGACCCGGAACUGUUUCCUGAGCCGUCUGCUGGAUGAUGUGUCAUUGCUCCAUCCUGACGCGUCUAUGGACAGUUAUUCCCACAGAGUCCUUGCACCUACCUUGACCUUUUGGGCACCUCAUGUGAUGCCAUCUAACCAGAUGGUGCCUCCCGUGCAUUCCAACGUACACGGUCCUGAAUUAGUUCCAUUUCAGCAGCAGACUGUUUGCCUCCCAAUACCUCCCCCUGCCCCUCCGUUCCCUCACAGCCCUUCCCUGUGUCCCAUUCUUGCCGUGUAGUUGGACAUUCAUCCUCGAUCAUUGAGAGUCUUCUGCCGAACUCGUUGGACUGUAUCUUGACAAUGCUUUUUUGGACUCAUAACUCUUUUCUCAUGUUAUUUGUCAGUCUUUUGUUUUGAAGGAUUUUUUUUACUCUUUAUGUCAGCAUUUAACAUGACUUGUGAUACACUUGAUAUUUUUUGUG